AUGUCGAAUAAGUUCCAUUGUGAUGUAUGCUCUGCGGAUUGUACAAAUAGAGUAAGGAUAACAUGUGCAAUAUGUCCAGAAUAUGAUUUGUGUGUUCCAUGUUUCGCGAAGGGGUCCUAUAACGGUAAUCAUAGGCCUAGUCAUGACUAUAGGGUGAUAGAAACUAACUCUUAUCCCAUUUUAUGUGAGGAUUGGGGAGCAGAUGAAGAACUUUUGUUAGUUAAAGGUGCUCAGACACUUGGAUUAGGUAACUGGCAGGAUAUUGCCGAUAAUAUAGGGUCCAGAGAUAAGGAGGAAGUAUACGAUCAUUACCUUAAGUACUAUUUGAACAGUGAGCAUUAUCCAAUUCCAGAUAUUACUAAAAAUAUUGAUGUGCCUCAAGACAAGUUCUUGGAGGAAAGGAAGAAACGUAUCGAGAAAUUCAGAGAGAGGCCCUUGGAACCUCCAAGAAAGCCUAUGGCUUCUCAGCCAUCGUGUCAUGAAGUUCAGGGUUUCAUGCCUGGUAGAUUGGAGUUCGAAACGGAAUUUGAAAAUGAAGCAGAAGGGCCUGUUAAGGAUAUGGUAUUUGAUGCAGAUGAUCAACCUUUGGACAUUGAAGUUAAAUUGACUAUUCUUGAUAUCUACAAUUCUAGAUUAACAACUAGAGCGGAAAAGAAAAGGUUGUUGUUUGAGAACCAUCUCAUGGACUAUAGAAGAUUGCAGAGUAUAGAUAAGAAACGUACUAAGGAAACAAAAGAUCUUUACAAUAAAAUUAAAGCAUUUGCAAGGAUAAUGACCCCACAAGACUUUGAAGAAUUCAGUAAAGAUAUCUUGGAAGAAUUAAGAUGUAGGACUAGAAUUCACCAAUUACAGGAAUGGAGAAGUAACGGUAUCACUACUUUGGAAGCUGGUCUCAAGUAUGAACGUGAUAAACAAGCCAGGAUAAUGACACUUGAGAGAUUUGGAAACCAAGUUUAUUCUUCCUCGAAUAAUACCAAUAGUGCACGUUACAGAGCAUCAUCAGCUCAUCGGUCACAGGCAGACUAUGCACAAAACUAUAAUGAAAGCAGCGGCCGUAAAAAACUCAUGACUAUUAGCGAUAUCCAACAUGGAGCAGACUUCCAGUUACUCUCACCUGAAGAGCAACAAUUAUGUGUUUCUUUGAAGAUUCUCCCAAAACCAUACAUUGUUAUUAAAGAAAUAUUAUUCAGGGAAUUGAUACGUACAGCUGGCCAACUCACCAAAAAACAAUGUCGUGAUCUACUCAAUAUUGAAGCUGCUAAAGCCAAUAGAAUAUAUGACUUUUUUGUCUCUCAAAAUUGGGUAUAA